AUGGUCAUCAAAUUCAUUUGGCAAAACAUCUUGUGUCGGUUCGACAUCCCCCACCGGCUCGUCUCAGAUAACGGGAGGCAAUUCGCGGGUCGGAAGCUCAAGAAGUGGUGCGAAGGUGAUGACAUCCAGCAGACCUUCGCCUCAGUAGCCUACCCCCAGAGCAACGACCAGGCGGAACUCACAAAUUGGGAGAUCCUCAGAGGAUUACGAGCUCGGCUCGACCAUGCAGGAGUCAGCUGGGUCGACGAACUCCCGAGUCUCUUAUGGGCACUUCGCACGACUCCGAAAGAAGCGACCGGCAUAACAUCAUUCCAGCCGGUGUAUGGAGGAGAAGCAGUGGUCCCUGUGGAGGUUGGAGUAGAAUCCGAUCGGGUGCAACUCUACGACGAGGGAAAUACCGAGUGGAGGUUAAUGUAG